CGGAGGCUCGCGGCCCGCCCCGAGGAUGCGGCCGCGCCCGCACGCACGUGCAACCCGGACCCGCGCGACUGCGGGCGGCAGGAGUGUGGGCAGCUCGCAGCACCCGGUGUCCAGGCUGUCCGACCCGGCCGAGCGCUUGUCACCAGGCGUUGGAGCCGUGGACCGGGACAGACUGGGCGGGAAGAGGCGGGACGGGCGGGGCAGGGCGGGGCGGCCGCAGUUCCCAGGGGCGGGGCCGGGGCGGGGCGGGGCGGCCGGGGGCGGGGCGGGCCCUGUGUUUGUGGCACCGUGUCAGUUACAUUGAAACAAAAGUGGUUCCGCGGCUGCCAGGGCCAGCAUCCCCGGCCCUCUCGCUCGCCGGCGGCUGUCGCCGACAUGGAACCCGUGGCCAGCAACAUCCAGGUCCUGCUGCAGGCGGCGGAGUUCCUGGAGAGGCGCGAGAGAGAGGCGGAGCAUGGCUAUGCGUCCCUGUGUCCACACUACAGCCCCGGGACUGUCUACAAGAGGAGGAAGCGACCCGUGCAAGCUCCUGGUGCGCUGAACAGUGGACGGUCUGUGCACAAUGAGCUGGAGAAACGCAGGAGAGCCCAGCUGAAGCGGUGCCUGGAGCAGCUGAGGCAGCAGAUGCCCCUGGGGGUUGACUGUACCCGAUAUACCACAUUGAGCCUGCUGCGCCGGGCCAGGAUGCAUAUCCAGAAGCUGGAGGAGCAGGAGCAGCAGGCCCAGCGGCUCAAGGAGAAGCUUCGCAGUAAACAGCAGAGCCUACAGCAGCAGUUGGAGCAGCUCCAGGGGCUGCCCCGGGGUGGAGAGAGGGACAGGCCGCGAGCAGACAGCCUGGACUCUUCGGUUCUGUCCUCUGAGCGCUCAGACUCAGACCAAGAGGAUGUGGAGGUGGAUGUGGAGAGCCUGGUGUUCGGGACUGAGACUGAGCUGCUUCAGAGUUUCAGCGCUGGCCAGGGACUCAGCUACUCACACAGCACCGGUACCUGGCUAUGAUGCCAGCUGCCUCUCUCUCUGGACUGAGCCUGCCAGGCAGGGGAGCCCCACACAAGUCCCAAUGUCUGCUUAGAGCCACUUGUUGGGAGACCACGAAGACCCUUGUGUGGGGACAGGACUCUGCACUCUGCUGCACAGCUUGAGCCUGGGACACCUUCCCCAUCCCCCAGGGCAUUUUAUGUAGCCCUUGGCUCUGCUUUGCUGGCCCCCCCUCCAAAGGGACAGGAAGCCUAUAGACCCACAUAUACUGCACAGUAUUCUCAUUAAAAUCCUCUUUCGUAAGUUCCUGUCCAUGGUUCUGCCUGAUGAGAUGGAGGAAGUCCCAGCCACAACUGGAAAAGAGGAAAUCAGAUCCGUCGCUGCCAGGCAGUGAUGCGACCUGCCUGAGGUCAGGUUCCAAACCAACGCUGUCUGACUCCAGAACUGGGGCCAAUCAAUUCACGUGUUUAUUGAGUGCCUGUUAUGUGCUAAAUAUUGUUCAGGGUACUUGGGACACAUCAAAGAAUAAAA